UUCGCCCUUUAAUAAGUAAUCCCAUUUUUCAGCAAGGACGGAGCAGCACAAUACGCCGAUUCUUAACCCACUAAAGGUCCAAUUGCCCGAGCCAAGUCCAUCGACUCAACACCACCACAGCGCGCGCGCGCACACUCCCUCUCUCCCCACCACAGAGACAAACCCUAACCCUAGAACACAAGCAACCAUGGUGUGCAUACGCAAGGCCACCAUAGACGACCUCUUGGCGAUGCAGACAUGCAACCUCUUCUGCCUCCCCGAGAACUACCAAAUGAAAUACUACUUCUAUCACAUCCUAUCGUGGCCUCAGCUCCUCUACGUCGCCGAAGACUACGGCGGCAAGAUCGUCGGCUACGUGCUGGCCAAGAUGGAGGAAGAGAGCUCCGAGUGUCACGGCCACAUCACCUCCCUCGCCGUCCUCCGAACCCACCGCAAACUCGGUCUCGCCACCAAGCUCAUGACCGCCGCACAAAACGCUAUGGAGCAGGUGUUCGGUGCCGAGUACGUGUCGCUGCACGUGAGGAAGAGCAAUCGGGCGGCGUUUAAUCUCUAUACGGAGACUUUGGGAUACAAGAUUCAUGAUGUGGAGGCGAAGUACUAUGCGGAUGGUGAGGAUGCGUAUGAUAUGAGGAAGCAGCUGAAGGGUAAGCAGCACCACCACCACCAUCAUCAUCAUCACCACCAUGGUGGUGGGUGUUGCUCGGGUGAGGCGAAGAGCGGAGAUGGGAAACCAGGGCCGGCUUCCGCAGAGUGAUGGUGAGAGGUAAUUUGGGGUUUUGAAUUGGGGUUAUGGCUUAAAAUUGUGUUUUGGGGAUUGUUAUUGUUCGUAUUGUAUAAGUAGUAAGUGGAAGCAAAGUAGAAAUUGGGUAUUUUGAUGAAUGUUUGUGCUUACUGUUUAGUAUCCAAUAAUUUAUGGACAUGCUUUUGCUUUUUAUGUGUCUUAAAUUGAGUUCUUUGGAAUGAAUUAGUGAUUUAUUUGUUUUG